AUGUCCGGUGACAAAGGCAUUUCCGCCUUCCCCGAGUCCGACAACCUCUUCAAGUGGAUCGGGACCAUUGACGGCGCCGCCGGGACGGCCUACGAGGAGCUGCGGUACAAGCUGUCGCUGGAGUUCCCCAGCGGGUACCCCUACACAGCACCCACCGUGCGGUUCCUGACCCCCUGCUUCCACCCCAACGUCGACACCCAGGGCAACAUCUGCCUCGACAUCCUCAAGGAAAAGUGGUCAGCGCUGUAUGAUGUCCGCACAAUCCUGCUCUCCAUACAGAGCCUGCUGGCAGAGCCAAACAUCGAGAGCCCUCUGAACACACAUGCAGCCGAGCUCUGGAAGAACCAAGUUGCCUACAAGAAGUAUGUGCGGGAGACGUACAGCAAGCAGACCAAGAGCCAGGAGACCUGACCAUCACCACGGCCCCUCAGCCCACCCCUUCCCUCCCUCCCUCCCGGCCAUCCCCUGCCUUCUGUAUCAUAGGCUGUUUUUAAAUUAAUGUUGCAGUCCGAGCCACGGUUAAUGUAUAAAUAAAUGAAUAAAUGCAGGUUUAUAACUUC